ACUAGCGUCACUUUUUUUGAAAAACAUUUUAUUUGAAAAACGAUAGAACGAAACAAAUCAAGCAAAAUGUACACCAAUCUUGACCUGAACGCCCUGAGUGUGGACGACAUCGUGGAGGAGUACAAGCUGCUGCACAAUCGCCACCAGCAGCUGAAAGAACAGAGCGAAAAGGACGCCCAAAGGAUCUACGAGCUGAAGAGGAAUCUGGACACCGCGCUAGCGGCCGAGGCCUACUUGACCCAGGAGCUGGAGCAACUGAGCAGCCAGCCGGUGGCCAGUAACUCGGAUAGCGAUUGCCAGGAAUUGGAGGAACUACGCCGAAAGUACAAGGACCUUAAGGGGGAACAUGAUUCCCUGCAGCAGGACUACGACGGCAAGGUGGAGGAGUCCCUCGAGCUGAGGACUAAACUAUCUGCCGCCGAGCGGGAACUGGCGGAUAGGGCUACCUCCGGGUCAAACGAUCCCCACGAGGAGUGCGCUGCGCGCCUGAACACCCUGGAACUCGAGAACAGCGAGCUGAUGCAGAAGCUCUCUGAGUACGAGGACUUGCGAGUCUCCAGCACCUUGGCUUUGGCCGAAAAGAAGAAAACCAUCGAGUGCCUGGAGGAUCGAGUGAGCUGCUUGGAGCAGAACCUCAACUGCAAGCGGUCCGAGCUGGAGGAGAAGCUGCAGCUGCUGGAGAGCUGCCAGGAGCAGCUGGUGGAAGCCAAUGCCAAGAUAGCGAUGCUUACGUCUGCUCCGGAGAACAGUGAUCGCAAGGGCAACUCUCUUUUUGCCGAGGUGGAUGACCAAAGGCAAGUCAUGAAGCAGCUGCUAGCGGCCCAUAAGAAAAGUUACCUGGACAUGAAGAAGACCUUCGCAGACAGUCAGUUCGAGAUCAGACGCCUCAAGCGGGAGAACGUGGCCAUGCACACGGAGCUGCAGGCCUGCAGCACCAUCUUCUGCAGUGCGGAUAAGACCUAUCAAAACAAGCUAAACGAGCGCAUCCGACAGCUGAUGACCGCCAACGACAGUCUGGAAAAGCAACUAAACCUCUCUCAGGAACGGCUGCGCCAGCUGGCCAGCGAGAAGUCUGUCACCUGGCUGGACUCGAUGCUGGAUUUCUGCAAACGCGAAACGGAUGAGCUGAAGGCGCAGCUCCACAGCAUGCGCAUCCAGAAGGCGGGAUUGGAGGAGCGGAUGCGAUCCGUACAGCAGGAAAUGGCACGUUGGCGCUUCGAGUCGCUUAAGUCCCGCUGUGUGCUUAUUGAUCGCGAAAAUCUGCUGACGGAGCACAAGAUCAGUUUUAAACCCGUGCAGGCUAUGGAGUUCAACAUCAAGGAGGCGGAGCUCAAAGCUGCGUUGCCGCGCAUCGUCAGUGAAGCUCCCAAGUCUCCCACGUCAAAUACUACUCAGCAGACAUCUGCUUCAAAAACCUCAUCCACUACUCACCCUACAGAGAUUAUAGUUCUCGAUACACCCAUAAAACCUGCCGUCAAAAAAGAGGAAAUGGAGCCUGCCGAGCAGGAUACAAAAACACUAACACCUGUAAGAGUUAAACAAGAAUCAGGGGAAUGCGGAGUAAAGAAUGUGGGCAGCUUGCCUAUUAAGACAAUAAUGGGUAUAAAGAUAAAGAAAGAAACCAAUUUAAACGUGGCACUGGAAGCCCAGAAAGAUUUUUCCUAUCCGGAAGUGGAGGUAACUGAACCGAAAGGGUCUCCUCUCAAGACCAAUGUCAGCCUUCAAUACGGCGAAAACGACGAGAAUAUGAAUGAAAUGAACCAAAAUGAAACAGAGGAAGACGAUCAGAAGACUAUUGAAACUCCAGCUAAGCCGUUGAUGAAGGGCACGCCAAUCAAGCAACGUUUGGGAGGCAUAAAAGUGAAGUCCAACGAACAGCUGCUCGAUAAAAGGCAGCUUUCAAUAGGGACUCCUGCCAAGCCACAACGCAAAGGAACUCCGGUGAAGUUAAUAAAAAUAAAAGCAGAAGCUGAAGACAGCGACGAAGAGUCCCUUAAGGAAUCUCCCACAAAGGCAGAAGGAGUAGAGGGCGUAGAAAUCCUGGACAGUCCCACGCCACAGAAGCCACAACGCAAGGGAACACCCGUAAGGAUUGCCAACACCAAUGUGCGAUCCAUCCUCUCCAAGAAGAGGGAAAUCUUCGCCGAAGAUUCGCAGAAGGCGGUGAAGUUUAGUGCGAAUGAUCCCAUCGUCCACAACUUGAGUCCCGUCGAUAGAUUGCUGGAUGCGGAGGUCGCCAAGGAAAAUGAGAAGCCAUCGGAAACGGAGGAAGCCAAGGACGUUAAACCCACAAUUAAGCGGCCGAACAUCAUACGGAAGAUUGUCGUGAGCUCUCGGAAACCAACGAUGAAGUGAAUGCGUCAGCUUAUCAAAGAACUUUUUAUUUGAAUUUAGACUAGCCAAACUUAACAAUUAGUUAUAGAACAAGACGCGGAGAUUGCAAAUAUAAACAAAUU